AUGAAGGGAAGAAGGCCUCGCUGGCAGGGGCUGCAUGGAGGUCUCAUUCAUCGGUGCUCCUGGCCCCCAGGGGGAUUGAAUUUAUCUGCAGUUGCAGCACUCAAGCCACUGGCAAACACCGACAGCCUGAGGCAGCUCCCCAUGGCUCCCAAGGGCCACCACAGGCCUCGCAGCGCCCCCACCAAGCGCCAGAGGCGCACGGUGGGGCUGCUGGGAAUCGCGCUGGAGGCUAGCUCUGAGGACGAGGACUACAGACCCGCCGGGAGGCGCCCGGCAGCCGCCGCCGCCGCCGCGGCGGGAGCAGGCACGCAGCGCGCCGCGGCAGACGAAGACGUGCCCCUGGCGCAGCGCCGCCGCCAGCUGCACGCGCAGCAGCGCCGGCUGUCGGGGGCGGGCAGCCCAGGGUCGCCAGCAGGCGCUGCGGCGGCAGGCGCUGCGGGCGCCGCCGCCGCCGCAGCGGCGCCUACAGUACCGGCAGUACACUUGCCGGAAGAGGUCCUGUGCGCCAUCCUGCGCCUGGCCUGCGCCCCAGAAGCGGGCGGCGCCAUCCCCACAGCAGCCGCAGCCACGUGCGUCUCCCGGUCCUGGAGAGCAGCGGCGCUGGCGUGCCCAGACAUCUGGCGCCACGUCGACCUGUCCUGGCGGCGGUGCCGCCCCAGCGACGCCGCCAUCUCCCGCGCCGCGCCCCGCUGGGCCCACCUCACCUCCCUGAGCCUGGCGGGCAGGGCCGCCCUGGUCGCGGACAGCUGCCCCCUGCUGGCCUCCCUCAGCCUCGCCCACUGCACCCAAUUCAGCGACCGCGGCCUGUGCGCCGCCCUUUCCACCAUGCUGCUCCGCCCGGCGGCGCCAGACGGCAGCAGCGCGCCGCUCAGGCGCCUGGACCUGUCGUUCAUCCAGGUCAGCCCCAAAGUGUCAGGGCUGGACCUGGUGGUGCGGGAGGUGCUGGCGCAGCAGGCGCGGAACCCGGGAGGACCCGUGCUGGAGGAGCUGGUUGUGGAGGGGUGCCCCCUGCUGACGCACCAGGGCCUGCGGGCGGCGACCGAGGCCAGCGCGGAGGCGGGGCGCCCGCUGCUGGCCGCGCUGCGCCACCUCAACCUGUCACAGUCAGCAGGCGCGCGCAGCGACUUCGCCAUCAACCUGGAGCGGCUGCAGUACAGCUGCCCCAGCCUGCAGCGGCUGUGCCUCAACGGGCUGUGCGGCGCCUACGCCUGGAGCUUCAACGCCACCCCCAGCCAGCUGCCGCCCGGGGCGCCGCCGCCGGGCUUCCCGCUGCUUCGCGUGUGCCAGGUGGCCGCCAAAUCCAAUCCCGACAUGGCGGGGCUGGGCACCGGUGCCACCAACGUCAACGACGCUUGCCUGACGCGCCUGCUGGCGCAUUCGCCGCUGCUGGAGGAGCUGGAUGUGGGUGGGUGCGAGCGGCUGUCGCCAGACUGCCUUGCCACCGCCAUUCACCCAGCCGCCCCGUUGAGGCACGCCCUGCUGGCGCGCAGCGGCGCCUGCUGCGACGAGGCGGUGGCCUUCCUGGCAGACAGGUUUGGGCCCACCCUGGAGGCGGUUGAUCUGAGCUGGGGAGGGGGCCGCAUCACGGAUGCGGCUGCGGCGGCGCUGGCGCGCUGCCCCCGCCUGCACUCUGUGGGACUGGCGGGCACCGCCGUCACCACGGGCGGCGUGCGGCAGCUGCUGCUGGCUGCCGACCGGCACGCGGCCGAGGUGGAGGCCAGCCGCGCAGGCAGCAGCACAGGCAGCGGCGGCGGCGGCGGCGGCGGCGGCGGGCAGGGCAGGCAGGCGUUCACGAUUGAUGUGAGCAGCUGCCGGGGGCUGGAGCGCGGGGUGCGGCAGGCGGCGACACAGGGCAUGCGGCAGCUGCGCUCGGCGCUGGGCCUGCCGUAG